CGCAAGGCACGCAUCAGGGGGCGGGGUUCCGGAGCUGGAGAAGUAUCCGCGCGGAGCCUCCCGGGCGCUGCGUGGGGCGGGGGGGGCAGGGAGCCUCCGCGCCCCGCGAACCAUGUUCCGCUACCAGUCACUCGAGGACUGCCCUCUGGAUGAGGAUGAAGAAGGCUUUCAUAACUUGACUGAGGAAGAUGAAGAUAUCGACCAGUUUAAUGAUGACACAUUUGGAGCUGGUGCAAUUGAUGAUGACUGGCAAGAAGCUCAUGAAAGGUUGGCAGAGCUGGAAGAGAAGCCUGCACCAGGAGGAGAUCAAGUGGAUUCGGGAGUUGCCGAUGAGAUGGACCUGCUGGGGGACCACGAAGAGAACCUAGCAGAGAGGCUCAGCAAGAUGGUGAUUGAUAAUGAGUUGGAAGAUCCAGCCAUCAUGCAGGCUGUGCAAACUCGGCCUCCUGUCCAGCAACAAGGUGGGCUCAAUUCGAGCAUCUGGGAUGGGCCUUCAGUUCUCAGGCGCAUUAGAGGACCACUUCUUAAUCAGGAGGUCCCCUCUGUGUCAGUGCUGGAAUAUGCCCUACCUCAAAGACCUCCACAGGCCCGAGAAGAGGAGCAGGACCUUUCGGAGCGGGCGCUGCCCAGGCGGUCAUCCUCACCAGUUAUUGGCAGCCCUCCUGUUCGUGCUGUUCCUAUUGGGACGCCACCAAAGCAGCCCAUCAUGCCCAACUUUAACCAGCAGAUCCUGUGUCCAAAGCCUGUUCACAUUAGAGUCCCCAUUCAGCAGCAUUACCCAAGCCCCUUCAGUGAGAGAAUGUCUCCAAACCAGCUCUGCAAUAUGACGAACUCCUCCCUCUUGGGCCACCCAUUCCCUCCCAAUGUUACUCCUGUUCUCACCCACCUUCAAAGAGCGCAGCUGCUAGGAGGAGCGCAGGCAGGGAGGCUGUCUCCCAGCCAGUUUGCACGUGUCUCUGGACUUGUCAGCAACCCCCUUGCUUCCAUGAACCCCAAACUACUUCAGGGCCGAGUUGGGCAGAUGAUGCCUCCAGCUAGCGGCUUUCGUGCCUACUUUGGGGCGCCGUCUGCCCCUUCUUCGCAACACCACUCCCCAUGUCCUGGAGCCCACCUGCAGAAUUUAAGGCCUCAACCGCAGAUGUUCCGGCCGGAUACGACCCACCUUCACCCACAGCACCGACGACUCUUGCACCAGAGGCAGCAGCAGAACAGGAAUCAGCACCGGAGCCUAAAUGGGUCAGCAGGGGACAGAGGGAGCCACCGGAAUAGCCACCAGGAGCAGAUCAGGAAGGACCCUUACGCCAAUCUCAUGCUGCAGCGGGAAAAGGACUGGGUGUCCAAGAUCCAGAUGAUGCAACUGCAAAGCACUGAUCCAUACCUGGAUGACUUCUACUAUCAGAACUAUUUUCAGAAGCUAGAAAAAUUAUCUGCAGCUGAGGAAAUGCAUGGGGAUGGUCCCAAAAAAGAGCGCACCAAACUAAUCACCCCACAAGUUGCCAAGUUAGAGCAUGCCUACAAGCCAGUGCAGUUUGAAGGCUCACUGGGGAAGCUCACAGUCUCCAGUGUGAAUAACCCCCGCAAGAUGAUUGAUGCCGUUGUGACGUUACGAGGGGAAGAAGACGAGACAAAGGAGAAGCAGGUUCGAGAUAAAAGGCGCCAGACUCUCUUCACUAUUGAGAAGACAUACAGCCUCCUCCUGGAUGUAGAAGACUAUGAGAGGCGCUACCUUUUGAGCCUGGAGGGCGACAGGCUGGCUUUGAUGGAGGAGAGGAAGCAGAAGAUCUGUGACAUGUAUGACAACCUGAAGGGGAAAAUGCCCAACCAGGAAAGACUGUGUGAUGAUGCUUUUGUGCAGAUCAUGUGUAUUCGGAAAGGAAAACGUCUGGUUGCCCGGAUCCUACCUUUCUUGUCCACUGAGCAAGCCGCUGAUAUACUUAUGGCCACAGCCAGGAACUUGCCAUUCCUAAUUAAGAAGGAUGCUCAGGAUGAGGUGCUACCCUGCCUAUUGAGGCCCUUCUCCCUUGUUCUCUAUCAUCUUCCAAUGGGAACUGUCGCCAGCAUCCUGCAGCAGCUAAUGAACCUACCUCAGAGCACGACGACGACAGCAUCAGCCAACCCGCACCUCACAAAUGUGCUCCAGAACAAGUUUGGCCUCUCUUUGCUGUACUUGGUCUUGAGCCGUGGGGAGGAACUGCAGAGUUCAGAUUCUACUACAGAUCUCUUGCAAGACAACCAGUGGACGGAACUCAUGUUCAUGGCAACCAGAGAGCUUCUCCGGAUUCCUCAAGCAGCCUUGGCCAAGCCAGUGUCCACCCCCUCUAAUCUCCUGUCUCUCUUCUCUCGCUAUGUUGAUCAGCAGAAACUAAAUGUGCUAGAGACAAAGUUGCAGUUAAUUCAAGGAAUACGAUAGAAGGCCUCAAACUGCUGCCACGCUGGUCUCCAUCACUGCUGCCACCUCCAGAGUAUUUUAGUGGGUGAAGAGGAGGCAGUGCCUUCUCAGAAUAAAUCCUUGUGGGAUUGUGUCUCUGGUCCAGCACAGAAGAUUGCUCUCUUGCUCUGAGCUUGGCUGGGGAUGUGCUUACCUUCUCCGCCCCUCAUUGCUAGUUUGCAGUUCUGCAUGUCCUUGCUGCAUUGAAUCACCCCAAGCCCCCCCCCCCCACUUUCCCCUUAGCACUUUCACAAUGGCUUUCCCUCCCUACAAAGACCCCUUUCUCCUCGGCGCACUACUGAUGGACUAGCAAGGAAAGUUGUUCCACUUUCCUGACCCCCUUCACUAAGAACACCAGCCUGGGUGGGAGGAAGAGAAUAGUCCACAUUUAUUGCGGAAAUGGAGAGACCUGUUGGUGUCUCCUUUAUGUUGGGAGUGUUUUUAAAUGAUGGGAAGUCCCUCUGAUUGGCCCACUGGUGACUCUGUCUCCCCACCUCUUCCAGUGCCAGAUGUCUCAAUAUGGCAUCGCCCAGUCCUGCAAACUGAUCCGCCUUUUCUGAACCUUGUGAUGAAGCAAUGUCAUCUUUGCACAUUUGUCUAGUCUUCCUGAGACUCACUUUCUACCUGAGCUUUUUGUCUCUGACCUACACCUUGCUUCAAGCUCCAGCUGGCCAAGAUCCCUUGUAGACUAACCAAUAAGGUACCAGGAAUGAAUUUCCUGAACAGAUUAAACUUAGUGAGUUUCAAUAUCAUACACUGCUAAGUCCUGCUGUUUUCUUGCUCCUUUUUUUGGAAUGUGGUGAGGUGUUUUUUUAAAAAAUUCUUUCUUUGCUUUUAAAAACAAUUUGCACAUGUAGGUAUUCUACAACCAGUAAAUGCCUGUUACUAACUGGCUGCCUCUCCACAGUAUUCUCCUUACACCUCCCUUAAAUCCAGAUUUCUAACUUACUUUCUCACACCUUCCUUUUUCCUACAGCCUUUCAACCUUUCUUAAUCCUUUUCCUCUACUCUUUACUCCUCUCCGUAAACACGAUCAAGUGGUCCAUUAUUAUUAUUAUUAUUAUUGUGCUUUUACUUUUUGGUUUGGUUAUGAUUAAUGAAAUUUCUAAAUUUACAUUUUUAUAGGGUAUUGUAAAUAAAAAAAAAUUCUAUACUUGUGGAGAGUGUGCAUAGUGUUCUGUGUAUGGAUUUUGCUUUUCUGUAAACUAGGGGGCUGUCUCAUUCAGACCCAAACAGCAGGUGCAUCCGUAUGGGCUGCUGAAGCUUGACAAAUCUAAUAUAGUAGUAAAGUGUGAAUAAAGCCUCUAAGAAAAAGUAAUUUUUUUUUGCAAUAAUCAGUUAAGUACAUUGGUUUAGCUGGUACUAUCCCGCAUCAGUUCUCUUCAUUUUUCCUCAUAGCCAUGGAAUGGCUUGUUGGCAGGGAUUAGAGCACACCUUGGCCCAGGAAUUUGGUAUAUCCCUUGGAGCUGCACUUCAGGGUUUUAUCCAUUGCCGUAUCUACUAUGCUUAAUUGUACUCAGGUACAGCUGUCUGUGUCAGGGCUGGGGAACCUUUGCCACCUCCAGAUGUUGCUGAACUACAACUCCCAACAGCCUCAGCAAGCAUGGCCAAUGGCCAGGGAUGAUGAGCUGUAGCUUAACAUCUGGAAAACCAGAGCUUUUUUUCAGCCAGAGCUCAGCUCUAGUAUCUCUCAGGUGGGUGCCAUUGCCAUUCUAAAAGAACAAGAGAGAAGUUCAUGGUGAGCUCCAGCACCACUUUUGCUAGAAAAAUAGCACUGUGGAGAGCCAAAUGUUUCCUACCCCUAGUCUAUAUAAAGGUUUUUUUCUGCUGGGGGCUGCAGAUUUCCCUUGGGAGAAAUCUGAGAGCUAGAGUGGUCAGAAUACCCUUUCUCCCCCCCUCCCUUCUCCUGUACCAUUCUCUUCUGCCUUCAGGUUUUUCUCUUUGCCAUCUGCAUGAAAUUAGGCCUUGCUCUAAGACUAGUUAUAUGUAGACAAUGCUAGCUUUCAUAUUGCCCCAUUAGUGUGUUUCAGUUUGUGUUCUUGGCUACCUUUAACAAAAAACACGAUUUAAACAUUUCUUGAGCUGCUUCUAAAUGUUAUGUUGCUAGGUGAGGAUUAAGAUACUGCCAUUUUACUGUGAGGGGCAACAGUUACCUAAGCUUAAGGGAAACCAGCCCUUUUCCACAACAUGUCAGCCAGCUCUUGCAGCAAAGAACAAAUGAAAUUGCUAUUUAAGAUUAACAAGGUUGGAUUUAAAAUGGUUUUUCUUGUAAGAAAUUCAGGUGCAGGUUUAUUAAUAGUGGUAGGGCAACAAUGGCCGUAAGAAAAAUACAUUAGAACAAUUUUUUAUUACUGCAUUUAUAUGUUGCCUUUCUGUGUGCACUUGAGGUGGUAACAAUUUGAAAUAACUUAAAUAAUAAAAUGGAAAGAUGGAGCAACCUAGCAGUUUCUCUCU